AUGGCAUGGAUCACCUCUCAUUUGAUCCUGUCAAAUGCCACCUGCUGCUCAGGUCCCUGUGGGAAGCUUCCUCCCGCAGCGGAGCAUGAAAGAUGGCGCCCGAACACACCGAUUGAACCUCCGGACAACUCCAGGUACGAAAGAACUGCCGACCAGGCCUCUCUCCCCCCCCGCCGCCAGGCCGCGAAAGAACCGCCGACCAGGCCUCUCUCCCCCCCCCACCGCCAGGCCGCGAAAGAACCGCCGACCAGGCCUCUCUCCCCCCCCCACCGCCAGGCCACGAAAGAACCGCCGACCAGGCCUCUCUCCCCCCCCACCGCCAGGCCGCGAAAGAACCGCCGACCAGGCCUCUCUCCCCCCCCCACCGCCAGGCCGCGAAAGAACCGCCGACCAGGCCUCUCUCCCCCCCCCACCGCCAGGCCGCGAAAGAACCGCCGACCAGGCCUCUCUCCCCCCCCACCGCCAGGCCGCGAAAGAACCGCCGGCCAGGCCUCUCCCCCCCCCCCCACCGCCAGGCCGCGAAAGAACCUCCGACCAGGCCUCUCUCCCCCCCCACCGCCAGGCCGCGAAAGAACCGCCGGCCAGGCCUCUCCCCCCCCCCACCGCCAGGCCGCGAAAGAACCGCCGACCAGGCCUCUCUCCCCCCCCCACCGCCAGGCCGCGAAAGAACCGCCGGCCAGGCCUCUCUCCCCCCCCACCGCCAGGCCGCGAAAGAACCGCCGACCAGGCCUCUCUCCCCCCCCCACCGCCAGGCCGCGAAAGAACCGCCGACCAGGCCUCUCUCCCCCCCCCACCGCCAGGCCGCGAAAAAAAAAACCGCCAGGCCGCUUCCCCCCCCCCCCCCCUCCUCCGGCCACGAAGGACAUAGAGGCUUCCACAUAA